AUGGGAAACACAAGACUUCAAUACCGACGACGGAACCCUUACAAGACACGGUCGAACAAAGUCCGUGUCGUCAAAACCCCGGGUGGUGAGCUUCGAUAUCUCCACAUUAAAAAGAAGGGCACUGCGCCAAAAUGUGGUGACUGCGGCAUCAAGCUCCCUGGUGUACCCGCACUCCGCCCCCGUGAAUACUCUCAGAUUUCCCGAUCGAAGAAGAACGUUACUCGCGCAUAUGGUGGCUCCCGAUGUGGAAACUGUGUCAAGGACCGUAUCGUCCGUGCCUUUUUGAUCGAAGAGCAAAAGAUCGUCAAGAAGGUGCUCAAGGAAUCGCAAGAGAAGGCCGCAGCUUCGGCGAAGAAGCGAUGA